AUGAAAACAAAACCUAAGAGAAAACAUACAUCGAAUGGAAGGCAUAGGUUUUAUAAAACAAAAAGAUGUCAGAGGGGGAUCGACCAAAUUCAUGAAGAUAUUGCAACAUCUGAAUCAAGAGCAGCGUUAUUAUCACAAGAAAUCAACCCUGAUUUACCAGGACUUGGUCAACACUAUUGUAUUGAGUGUUCAAGAUAUUUUGAAUCAAAUAAUGCAUUAGUAAAACAUCAGUCUGGAAAAUUUCAUAAGAAAAGAGUGAAACUUCUUAAAGAAGUACCUUACUCCCAGAAAGAAGCAGAAGCUGCAGUUGGUAUAGGUGUUAAGGAUAACAUAUUUUGUACUUUCUAA